AUGUUGAUGCUAGGAGAAGAUCACAAUGGUCGAAUUCGAGCAAGCUCGAGCAUGCCUAGGACGAAGAAGCUUCGGAUCCAUGGCUGUUCCAAGAUUCCGGAUCUAAACGCCGAGCCUUGUUUGGACUGGGAAGAAGAAGAAGAAGAAGAAAGAGAGGCGACUCAAGCUUUGAGUUUACCUCAGGAUGCAGAUUAUGUACUAAACGUUCCUCAGCUCGUCCCCGAGCUAGAGGUCGAGAUACUCGCACGCGUGCCGCGUUUCGAGUACUGGAAACUUCUGUUUAUCAACAAGCCCUUCUCGCGUUUGCUAAAGAGCGGUGAGAUCUUCAAGGUGAGGCGAGAACGCAGGCUUGUUGAGCCGUCUGUCUUUAUGCUGUCGAUCGGCGACACGCGGUGGACCAUGUUCGAUAAGGACUUUGAGAAUUUCCAUAAGCUACCGGAGCUUCCUUCCGAUAGUUGCUUCUUGCAAAGAGAUAAAGAAUCGCUCUGCGCCGGAACACAUUUGAUCGUCAUUGGGAAAGAAGACGAGGGCAUUGCACUGUGGCGGUACGAGCUUGAGACGAGCAAGUGGUUCAAAGGUCCUGCGAUGAUCACGCCGCGGAUCUUGUUCGCUUCAGCUACGUGUGGCACCGUUGUGUUUGUAGCCGGAGGGAUGAAGAUCGACGAGAACGGAACUGUGGAAGUCGUGAAUAGAGCGGAGAAGUACGAUUCGGAGACCAAAACGUGGACGCUGCUCCGUGGAAUGCACAAGAGGAGGAAAUUCUGUUCGGGGUGUUACUUGAGCGGCAAGUUUUACGUUCUAGGUGGUAGGGAUGAGAACGAGCAAAACCUAACUUGCGGAGAACGUUACGACGAGGGGACAGACAGUUGGGAGAUAAUACCAGACAUUCUCAAAGACAUGUCUUUCUCGUCAUCUCCACCGCUCAUCGCGGUGGUUGGUGAUGAUCUUUACUCUCUGGAGACAUCGGCGAACGACCUCAGAGUUUACAAUGCAAACGCAAGAGCUUGGAAGAAGCUUGGAGAUGUGCCUGUGAGAGCUAAGUCCAGUGGAGGAUGGGGAGUUGCGUUUAAGUCGCUUGGAGACAGAUUGCUGGUGAUUGGAGCAUCUGCCGGACCUUCUCGGGCUGAGACGAUGUCGGUUUACACGUGUCGUCCGCCGGCUGAUGGUAAGGAGGAGCUGCGUUGGGAGGAGUCUAAGCGCUGCUGUGACGUUGAGCUCAACCAUUUUAUCUUGAACUGUUGUGUGAUGAUUGCUUAA